AUGGCUAUGCCCUCGUGUUAUGAUUUUAUUGAUUUCCUGAGACCUCACGACCCGCUUCACGGUAGAAUCAUAGUCUACUUCAGAAAUAAUUAUAACUGUAAAAUAAUUGAAUUGCCGGCAACAUCUACUUUUGAGGCGUUAGCCGUGAGUGAACUGGUUGAUAUCUUGGAGAUCAUUACUGUGAUGAGUGGUAAUGUUUUAGUAGCAGAUGAUUUCAAUAUUCACGUCGAAAAUAAGAAUGAUCCUCGCACAGUCUCCCUGCUGGAUGUUUUCGAUAUUUUCAAUUUAGUAAACAAAGUCAAUGAGCCAACUCCUAAGAAGGCAUAUUGGAUCUGA